AUGGCCAUAACUAUUGGUUAUAUAUUGCACAGGAAAAUUGCAGACAAGGUUGCAGCUAAUGGGUAUUUUGUGGUGGUUCCUGACUUCUUCAAUGGGGAACCCUACAAUCCUGAGAAUGUGAACAGGCGUUUUGCCGUUUGGUUAAAAGAUCAUGACCCGGGAAAAGGAAUUGAAACCGCAAAACCUGUUAUUGAAGCCUUAAAAAGUAAAGGUGCUUCCGCUGUUGGAGUUGCUGGUUUCUGUUGGGGUGCUAGGACCGUUACCAACCUUGGGAAAGCCAAACUUGUCCAAGCUUCUGUGCUGUUACAUCCAUCAUAUAUCACUGUGGAUGACAUCCGUGGUGUUAAUGUUCCAAUUGCUAUACUUGGAGCUGAGCAUGACACACUGUCUCCUCCAAAGCUUAUAAAACAAUUUAAACAUGUCCUAGAUGCUAAACCUGAGAUUGAUAGUUAUGUGAAAAUAUUUCCUAACGUCUCACAUGGUUGGACUGUGAGGUACGAUCCUAAUGAUCCGAAAGCUGUGCAGGAGGCAAACAAGGCUCAUAAAAUCAUGAUAGAUUGGUUUAAUAAACAUCUUAAGAAGUGA